UUUUUGUUUUGUUGUGUUGUUUAAACUGUCAGUGUUUGGAGGGGUGUUGGCGUAUAGGCUAGAAUUUCGUUUGCAUUGCAUGUAAAUGUUAUUGUGCUGAUGAAGGCUCGUUUUCCACCUUGAAUAUAAAGCGAUUUCGUUUUUUCUGGUUAGCUUGGUAAUUCCGGUGCAUCGGCUUUCAUGAAAAUGACAGAAUAUAAACUUGUUGUUGUGGGAGCCGGGGGCGUGGGGAAGAGUGCCUUGACCAUCCAGCUGAUCCAGAACCAUUUUGUGGACGAAUAUGACCCAACGAUAGAGGACUCGUAUCGCAAGCAGGUGGUCAUAGACGGGGAGACGUGUCUGCUCGACAUCUUGGACACGGCCGGCCAGGAGGAGUACAGUGCGAUGCGUGACCAGUACAUGCGCACCGGCGAGGGAUUCCUCCUGGUGUUUGCGGUCAACAACGCCAAGUCCUUCGAGGACAUCAGCAUGUACCGGGAACAGAUCAAGAGGGUGAAGGACGCAGAGGAGGUGCCCAUGGUUUUGGUUGGCAACAAGUGCGACCUGCCCACGCGGGCCGUGGACAUGGCGCAAGCGCAGGACGUGGCCAAGCAGUACAACAUCCCCUUCGUGGAGACGUCGGCCAAGACUCGCCUGGGCGUGGACGACGCCUUCUACACCCUGGUGCGCGAGAUCAAGAAAGACAAGGAGCAUCGCGGCAAGGACAAGCGGAAGAGAGUGCGGAUAGGCUACGGCGGCAGGUGCUGCCUCUUGUAACUCGCGUGCGGACUUGGCCAGGAGGUUGACGGUGACGGAGAGAGCUGGUGACGAACGAACGGGCAGCUGUGUUGGUCGGUGGUGUCACCGCCGCCACUCCACGGAGUUGAUUCUGUCUUGCGCGACGGCUGCGUCGCGCCGUGCCCGGAGGAAGACCGAGUUCUGUUUGCAAGUUUCACUUUACAUGUAUUAUCAUCCUUGACUUUAUUGUGGCAUGUUUUACUGUUUAACUCUCGUCUUUCUCUCUCUCUUUCGAGCGUACGAACAAUAUGCCCAAUGUCACUCUUGUCGUUUGUAACCUCGGAUCGAGCGCGGUGAAAGAACGUUAUGGGCCGACUUCUCGUAGUUCAUUGUGUACAUCACACAUUUGUGAUGAUGUAUGCUCAUCACAUUUUUAUGCAUUCUAAAUUGGAGAAUGGGUUUCGUUUCAUCUUAUAAGAUGUUGAAGUUGUGCUUUCUUGCUCGAAGAUGAUAAAUCGUCACCGUAUAGUUCACACCAAUAUUGACUAUCGAAAUUGUGACACCAAUUACAUCAUGCUUUAUUUUACGUGUUUUCCAGCUUUGCUUGUUUGAACUGGUGUUGUUUACAUAUACACUGGUUGAAAGAUAUCUCUAAUUAUAAAGUAUGAAUUGUUGGUGCUGGCAAGACUUUGGUUUUCAAAAAAAAAUUCCCAGCACAUUUGUUAAGAACCAAUAAGAGUUGAACAUGUUUAAACUGGUACCACUUCUGCUGCCACUCAAAUCAAGAACGCUGCAAGUUCUCAGUUUUAAGGACAAUAUGACUUGUGGCAAGUCACUUGCCUACAAAUUGUUUAUUUUGAAGAAUAUCUUUUUGCCAAAAAUUACGAUUUAAAUCAUAACUUUAAAAUUAGUGUUUCAUGUGAUGACAAAAUAGUAAAAUACCUACAUAGUACUUACGCACAGUGAAAUUAUACUCUGUUAAUUCCCAUGUGCAGUGAAAAUGAUCAAGCACAUGAUAAAGCUAAGUGGCACCAGACAUAUGGUCUUGUGUGUGUGUGUGUGUGUGUAUGUGUGCGUGUGCGCUACGAGAGUGUGCUGCAGCCUAGUGGUUGAUUAAAUGUGUACUGCAGCAUUUUUCAAUGCUUUGGGUGCAAAGACUUAUAGUGUGUUUAGAAGUUUGUAUGUCACUCGUAAAAAUAUUUUUUUUAAUUUUAUUUUAUUUUUACAUAUGUUUUUUAAGUGUAUGUAAAUACUCAAAGGUUUCUUGUUGAAGACAGCUAGUAAUUCAUAGUUUAUUAAAGAUAAUGUGCACUUAGUAUGCUGUGAAGUAAUGAAAAUGUUACAAAUAUUGAUUUUGUCAAGAGCUAUGUUUAUUGUGCUACCAAACAUGCAGCUGAAUUUUGAUGUUUAUAUUGGGAGUCAGUUUAAAAUAUCUCAGAAGCUGUAAAUGUACUGCAUUUCUUUUUUUGCUUAAGAGAAUGAAAUUAGUGAUAUUAAAAUGAUAUUGAUACCUCAGGGUAGAAGUAUGAAAGUACAUUGUGUUAUUGGUAAUGAAAAGUAAACACAUGCUUACUUGAAUGUUAGUCACUUUGGCAUUCAUCAUUUGUAGUGUGUUUCAAGAGAUUUUUUUAAUUGGCUUUUUCCCGAGUAUUGAAGGUUGACUGCCAUCUUAGAGAACCUACAUAUAUACGUAUUUACUAUUUAUCCUUUACAGAUAACAAUAAAUUUCUUCUGUUUA